CUUUUUAUUAAUUCCUGUGGGCCGCGGAGUGUCAGUAAGAUGUUUUGAGGUUAUGCUGAGAGACGAAAGACCGUAUUCUGACUCGGAGGUGGAGUUCUAGUGUUAUUGUGACUGUGAGCAGGCUAAAUACGAGUGUUUGUGUUCAUUUGAGAUAUUGUUUUGAAGUGAAACUCCAGUGACGUGCCUUGGAUGCUCUUGUAAUUUGUGUUUACUUCUGGCAACAGAGAGGAGGACGCUCGGAGCACUGUUUUGACCUUGCCUAUGGAUCAGGCACUCAUCUAAGUGACAGAAUGUCACGCAAGUCCCGUCAGGGGUACAGCAUCCGACACCUCCUCCAGCUGCCCAAUGCCCCGCGCAGUCCACCAUCAGCACCACACCCACCCACACCAUGUAUCAAGGCGUCCCUGCGACAUCGGAUGCCCUCUCCGUCCGAUCAAGAUGCACAAGACUACAAUGACGACGACGCAAACAAGAAUGAAUUCGAAGUACAGAUAACACACAAGUUAUUCCGGCCAUCGACAUCAAAACCGACGGUGCCGCUAAACACUCAAGCCUCCUUGUCCCAGAUCAACAAAAGGAGAUUGGAGUUCGGCGUGGAUGUAGAAUCAUUUAAAAUAAACGAUAGGCGCCUGGAGCGCAUCAGCAGUGAAGGCUCCAUGGACGAGGAAGAAAUCCACGGCAAGAGAAGACGACGGUUGCUCGACGAUGAGAGAAGAGAUGAACCCGACAUCCGCCGACGACCGCUGCCCAUGCACAGACCGCAGACCUUGCGGCAGCCAGAAGAAGAUGACGAGACACUCAUCCGAGAAACACAAGCAGCACUAAGGACACUGUCCGGCAACUGGAACCGGGAGCCCCCGCAACAACACAAUCCCGAGGAAAAUGACGAUGCCAAUGGUUUCGAAAACUUAUUCGACGAUAAAAGAUCAGAAAAAAUGCAGUCUUCCCCUUCCCAAUCUUCCGAUAUGUCUCAAAAAAGUUACUCGACACACCACCAAGUUCAACAUAUGAAUGGAAUCAACGAGCACGAGACCAAAACUAACCUUAUCACAAUACAACUAGAAAAAUGUGAAGAGUACGAUAGACUCAGUAGACAAUCCAACCAAUAUGGAGCGCCAAAUUUCGACGAACUCGUCGACUCGUCUUCCAACGAACUAGAGAUAGAUAUGUCAGAUAGAUGUGAUGAUAGAUACGACGAUGACAGGGACAUUAAGCCAAAACGAAAAGGUGAAAUGGUGUCCGUGAAUAAACAGUCGCUGUACAAUGCUUACAAGGCGGCUACGGCAGCUUUACCGUAUUCGACGCAGUCAGCCUUCAAGCCGCCUGCUGAAGUGAAACAUAGAAUCCACAACUCAUCAUUACCGAGUGAACCUUUCGGCGGGUACUCCAACGACCACGAUAGAAAAGAGCACAAGGGUUCGAAGCAGUACACGGUGCUGCAGCCCGCGGGCGCAGGGUCCCGCGCGGCGACCGCGCUGCAGGAGGCGCGCGCCGUGCCCUCCGCGCAGCCGGCGCGCGACUCGCGGCCGCUGAACGCGCUCUCCCCGCCGGCACGAGAAGGCAACAAGUGUCCCACACCCGGGUGCAAUGGGCAGGGCCACGUCACCGGCCUAUACACUCACCACAGGAGUCUGUCAGGAUGUCCAAGAAAGGAUAAAGUCACUCCGGAGAUAUUGGCGUUGCACGAGACGAUAUUGAAGUGCCCCACGCCGGGCUGCAACGGGCGCGGCCACGUCAGCUCCAACCGAAGCACACACCGGUCCCUGUCCGGCUGCCCCACUGCUGCGGCGCGUAAGGCCGCCGCUAGGUCUCAGAGAGCAAGACCUGCUGUACCACACAGCUCAAUAUCGCAGCCAUCGCUCGCGAUCAGCCAAGAGAGUGUAGCGAGUUCUUCGGGGAGUAUAUCUCGGGACCGCGAGGCGUCGCCUCGCAGCCCCGCCGUGAAGCGAGAGGGCGAGCUGCUGGUGCCAAAGCGCGAGGCCGCCGAGCCCGAGCGCGACUCCCCCAGCAUGGAGACGCGCCACGCCGGCUACGGCGCGCCGCCCGACCAGAGGUCACCCUAUGAAAGACCUCCCGAUGACCAUGUGCGGUCGUACAGUCAAAUGAACGAGGCGAGGUACGGCUACGAGUCGCGGUGCUACGAGGGAGCUCCGGCGUUCGAGCGCUACGACCCCGCGCAGUGUCCCCAACGGCCCUACGGCUGGGAAGAAGAACGCUACCAUGACCCCCACUUACCUACCCCCAUGAAAACCGACCAGUCUGAACAAGAAACCAGCUCAGGACCCAUAUACCCUAGACCAAUGUACCACUACGAGACUGGUAGCGGCGUAGGGGCGGUGGGUGGCGUGGCGGCGAUGGGCCCCGGCGUCCCGCCCGGCUUCUCCGCGAUCAACUUGUCGGUGAAGAUCGCCGCGGCGCAAGCGCAGCGACCUCGGAGCCCCACGCCCCGGGAUCCUCGCGAUCCUCGCCCCGCCAUAGAUCUUUCCACUUCUAGUGGUAGUCCACAGGGUCCAUACGCAUCUCCGGUGUACACAAGCGCCGGUGGUGGCAGCGGGGGCGGUGCCCGAGGCAGCCCGCAGCCGGGAGCCUCGCCUCAGCUCACAGCCAGCCCUCAAGUGCCCAGUCCGCAGGGCCAAACUCUCGACCUUAGCGUUUCCCGUUUACCACAUAGUCGAGGAUUCCCCGGCGGAGUCUCCUACAGUCGAGAAUCAACUCCAGACAGUGGAGGCAGCCAUCCGUACCUUGAAGCUUACCAUCGAGAUACCGCCGGUUACGGUGGUGUCAGUCCACAUCCAGUAGCGGGCUACGGGCUUGCUCAGCCGGACUACGCGGCCGCAGCAGCCGCGGCCGGCUACGGCGGCUACCAGUACCAGUGCGGGGCGUACCCGCCGCCGCCCGCGUACCCGCCGCACGCGCCGCCGUACUCACCACCGUGCUACAUGCCACCCCCACACGCCCCGCACGACAAACCCAAAGAUAGCAGUCUGUUUAUGUGCAGCCUGUCCGGUUGUCCGCGCGCCGACCGCUCGCAGCUGCAGCCGCACUCGCAAGAGCUCAAGUGCCCCACGCCCGGGUGCGACGGCUCCGGCCACGUCACUGGCAACUACUCCUCGCACCGCUCCCUCUCUGGCUGCCCCAGAGCCAACAAGCCCAAGAGCAAGCCCAGAGACGGACAGGACUCCGAGCCACUGAGAUGCCCUAUACCGGGCUGUGAUGGAUCUGGACACGCUACAGGGAAAUUCUUAUCGCAUCGAAGUGCCUCGGGGUGCCCGAUCGCAAACCGCAACAAAAUGCGGGUGCUCGAAAGCGGAGGCACGGUGGAGCAACAUAAGGCGGCAGUGGCGGCUGCUGCCUCGGCCAUUAAAUUCGACGGAGUGAACUGCCCAACGCCAGGUUGUGACGGCUCUGGUCACAUAAACGGGUCGUUUCUAACUCAUCGCUCGCUGUCUGGAUGCCCAGUGGCCGGAGCGGCGACGCCCACACCGCAACCAAAGAAGCCCAAAUAUCCUGACGAUAUCACGCCGCUAUACCCAAAGCCUUAUACAGGGAUGGAGAUGAAUAUGCAGACGGGGAACGGCGAGGAUCUGAUGACCCUCGAGCAAGAGAUAACGGAACUCCAGAGAGAGAACGCACGCGUAGAGUCGCAGAUGAUGCGUCUCAAGUCAGAUAUCAACGCUAUGGAGACACACCUUUCUCAUGGAGAUAGGGAAAACCAGACAUUAAUACAACGCAACAAUAAUCUGAAUGAGUAUUAUGAAAGUCUGAGGAAUAAUGUGAUCACACUGCUAGAGCACGUGAGGAUCCCGGGCGGGGGCACGGUGCCGGUGAGCUCGGCGGGCGGCACGGCGGGCGCGCCGCCGCCGCCCGGCCCGGGGGAGAAGCCGGCGCACGACAACUUCGACUCGUACCUCACCAAGCUGCAGACCCUGUGCUCGCCCGACGGCUACUGCCCCGACGAGAACCGCCCCAUCUACGAAACCGUGAAAAACGCGCUUCAGGACUUCACAGUGCUCCCUACACCCAUUUAAGGUUCACAAAGCGCCGCCGAACCGGAGCGACAAUGAACUUAACUGACUUGUGUGCCAUCGGCGGAGCUUAUCAGUGAUACAGACAAUGUGAACUUAGUACAAUUUUGUGUUCGUGGUAGUGCGGAGGCUGUCUCGGAACUACUCACCAAAGAUAUUAGACAAAGACUAUGACUGCAUGAGGUUACGUGAGGGACUAAUAGUUUCGUGAUAGAUAUAAUUACUGUACAGUGUGUCCCGCGGGGAUCGUACGCGCAGGUAUUUGUGUUCUAUAAGUAUUAGGUAACGAUGUCUUUUGUAAACCGUUGUAUACGAUGUGUGACUUCUUUAUGACAUCAAUUAACACUCGAAGAUUCGUUCGACUUUUAUCUAUAAGCUGGACUAUAUAGACAUUAAAUAAAUUUUAAACACUGUUACUCAUAUGCUUAAAAUUAAUGUAAUUGUUAGGUGAGAAAUUUAUACUAUUGUAUGUAAGCGAUUUUAGCCUCACAAACGCAUAAGAAUCAAUUGUGUAAAUAUUGUACCUACAUUUGGAUAUAAAUAAAUUAUCAUUUAAAUCGCCGGCCGGCAGACGUCGGUCACUUUAGGAAAUUUCUGAUUUCAGAUGCAAUUCAUUUUUUAUCAAGCAGCAGGAAAUAAAAUCGUAUUUAAGGAAACACUGUUAAUCUGUCUUAAAAGUUGAUAAUGCUGGGAAUGUGCCAAAUGCUUCAGAGUCACAGCAACUCCCCAACGCUGACCUAUUAAGACUAAAAUAUUGAGAUAGAAAUACUAACGAUGAUGUAAACAAGAAUAAUGAACUCCUUAGAGGACUUUCUAGUCAGUUUGUAAAUAAAAUUGUGAAUAACGAUAGUUGUCACGUCGUAGGGACGUUUUUAUUUGUAUUAGGGAAUAAUGAGAUCUCAUUAGAUCGUGUAAGUUAAUAAUUCAGUCACUAAUUGAUAAUCGAUUUUAGGGAUAAAUGAAUACCUACUUUCUUUGUUAGCCAAUGUUCACUUGCUGUGAUUACGUUACGUGUUACUUAUUUAUUGUUAACUUUACGGAAUAUGUGAUAGCUUAUUAACUCAAGUUAAUGUUAAUUUGCAAUAAAUUUAGUUAAUGCGCUUUACACAAACACAUUGUGCAAUCUUAUCGUUUUAGAUACAAUAUUGUUUUAGUUGAAUGAACUGAAUACAUUGUUUUAUUGAAAUAUUAUCAUUUUCGAGGGUAUCACAUUGGUACACAGGAAUUAUUAAUAUUCGCAUUUAAAUACUAAAACCUAUUACUAUGUUACUACUCUGAUUGUCAUAUACGUUUCUGUAAAAUAUUGAGUAUGUGUUGUUAAAGAGAAUAAAAAUAAUAAAUACCAAGAUUA